AUGGGAAUAUAUUUUGCUAACCACUAUGACUUAUAUAUUGAUACUGACUACCAAGUAGAGGAUUUAAUUAAUCCAUCUGAAGAGUUAGAACUACUUGAAACUUCGUAUAUUUCUAAUAGUAACCUUCAAUUAACCCAAUAUUCUGACCCUACCAAUAUUACUUACUUAGAAGAUAGCUCUUUUAGUGAAGAAUCUAUAUCAUAUCAAUUACUUAUUAGUACUUCUCCACCUGAAUCUGUAAUUUUAAAUCCUAAUUUUAGUACACCCUGUGAAUCAUUUGGUUUUGAAACAGAUCAAAUUCUUGAUCAAAUUGAUAUUGAAGCAAACCCUACUAUUUUAGAAAAAGAUCCAGAUCAGAACCUUGGAAUUAUAGAAGAAAUCUAUCUAGAAGUCAAGAAAGGUACAGAAGAAAUACUCAAGAUUAUAAUUGAUAUGAUAGAAGCAGAUCUAGAGAUUAUAAUCGAUAUGAUAGAAGCAGGUCUAGAAGAUACUCUUUUAAAUAAUACUAGUAUUAGAGAAGCUUUAGCAAAUUACCUACAAAGUGACUCCAAUAUUGUAAAUCUGAUGUACUCUAAUAGGCCACGAACUAUUCCUGUGAAGAAUCAAACAACUAUUCGUAAUAAACUAUUUACAGCUAUUAUUGAUAGUAGAGUUGCUAUUAUUAGACUUUUAGAUGUUAUUAAAGAUGUUUCUGUAGAAAUUGCAGGAAUUACUAUUUCUAUUUUCAUAGAAGUUGUAUUAGCAACUACUUACUCUCUUAUUUUGAAAAAUGAUUGGUCUCGCAAAAAAGAAGAAUAUGAAGAUGAGGAAUUGAUUUUUCAUGAAGCCUAUACCUUAAAAGCAGAAUCUAACAAUAUAGAAGAUUCGGGAUAA